ACACAGUUUAACGUUUCGUUUUCUUAUUCUCGGUCGAAGCGCGCUUCGAGUUUAUUGAAUUUCGUCUUGGUGCUAAAUUCUACUUUAGGAGUUACAUUUCCCUGAAAAAAAAACUGGACGAAUCAUGGUGUCCACCGGCAGAGCGUCCUGGCUACUGCUCAUCUGCCUAAUCAUACUCUUUGGUAUCUUCGAAAAUGGAGACGGUGCGAGGAAGAGAUUCCGUAGGCCGACAACCGAAAGUCCGUCGAUAUCAAAUGAUCAGGAAGUGUCGGCUAGCGUGAACAGAUUCAAGGUCACGCGAAAUCGUAUCAACACGAAAAACAAGAAAAAUGAAAUCCAAACUGGCAAGACCGAUGACUACAAGCUUGUAUGUUAUUAUACAAAUUGGUCCCAGUACCGAACGAAAAUUGGGAAAUUCCUACCGGAAGACAUUCAAGCUGAUCUGUGCACUCAUAUCAUAUUUGCGUUCGGCUGGUUGAAGAAAAACAAACUGACGAGUUUCGAAUCGAACGAUGAAACAAAAGAUGGAAAAACGGGAUUGUACGAUAGAAUUAUGACCCUGAAGAAGGCCAAUCCUUCUCUGAAAAUUCUGCUCGCGAUAGGUGGUUGGUCAUUUGGCACCCAGAAGUUCAAGGACGUGUCUUCGACGAGAUACGCACGGCAGACAUUUAUCUACAGCGCCAUACCGUAUUUAAGAGAUCGAAAUUUCGAUGGCCUUGAUAUCGAUUGGGAAUACCCGAAAGGAGGAGAUGAUAAAAAGAACUACAUUCUUCUAUUGAAAGAGCUUCGGGAAGCAUUCGAGGCAGAAGCUCAAGAGAAGAAGAUGCCACGGCUUCUUUUGACCGCUGCUGUACCUGUUGGUCCAGACAACGUUAAGAGCGGAUACGAUGUUCCGGCUGUUGCAAGUUACUUGGACUUCAUCAAUUUAAUGGCGUACGACUUUCACGGUAAAUGGGAAAGAGAAACGGGCCAUAAUGCGCCAUUGUACGCCUCGUCAUUGGACUCCGAGUGGCAGAAGCAGCUCAGCGUAGAUAACGCGGCGUCGAUGUGGGUUCGGUUGGGUGCCCCUAAAGAGAAAUUAAUAAUAGGCAUGCCAACUUACGGACGAUCCUUCACUCUCUCGAAUCCUGCGAAUUUCCGUGUUCAUUCACCUGCCAGUGGCGGUGGAAAGGCCGGCGAAUACACCAAAGAAUCCGGAUUUCUUGCCUAUUAUGAGAUUUGCGAGAUGCUGCAAAAUGGCGCGGCGUACGUGUGGGACGACGAAAUGAAGGUACCCUACUUGGUGCAAAACGAACAAUGGGUCGGCUUCGACGACGAGAAGUCUAUCCGUAUAAAAAUGGAUUGGCUGAAGAGCAAAGGUUACGGGGGCGCGAUGGUGUGGACGGUGGACAUGGACGAUUUCAACGGUACAGUCUGCGGUGGGAACAUUCGGUAUCCUCUGAUCGGAGCGAUGAGGGAAGAAUUACUAGGUAUCUCGAGGGGCUCGAACGCGAAGGACGUCGAUUGGAGCUCCGUGGCCGCCACCGUGACGGAAGUUAUCCAAAAGAAACCGGAAGCUUACAAAAUAUCGGUCUCCGAUGUCCUCAGCAAAGCUAAGAAAGUUGCGAAACCGACGACGCAACUCGUCAUCAACAGUCCGGCCAAUGAAAGAGGGGCCCAAUCUAUGUGUUAUCUGACGAAUUGGUCGCACAGAAGACCGGGAGCUGGAAAAUUCAUGCCCGAGGACAUCGAUCCGACGCUCUGUACUCACAUAGUCUACGCGUUUGCGACCUUGAAGAAUCAUCUACUCGUGGAGGAGAGCGACAAAGACGCGGAGAUGUACAAUCGACUGAUCGCCCUUCGGGAUAAGAACCCAGAUAUCAAGAUACUACUAGCGAUCGGUGGUUGGGCCUUUGGGUCCACGCCGUUCAAAGAGCUGACCAGCAACACUUUCCGCAUGAAUCAAUUCGUGUACGAGGCCAUCGAUUUCUUGAGAGAAUAUAAAUUCGAUGGUCUAGACGUCGACUGGGAAUACCCUCGGGGUAGCGACGAUCGAGCGGCUUACGUGAAUCUUCUAAAAGAGCUCAGACUUGCUUUCGAGGGCGAGGCGAAGAGUUCUGGCCAACCGAAACUAAUUUUGUCAGCCGCGGUGCCUGCUAGUUUCGAAGCUAUUGCGGCGGGAUACGAUGUGUCUGAAAUAUCAAAGUAUCUGGAUUUCAUUAACGUCAUGACGUACGACUUCCAUGGCCAAUGGGAGAGACAGGUCGGUCACAAUAGUCCACUGUUUCCUUUGGAAAGUGCUACCAGUUAUCAGAAAAAAUUGACAGUAGACUACAGUGCGAGGGAAUGGGUGAAGCAAGGAGCUCCUAAGGAAAAGUUGAUGAUUGGAAUGCCAACUUAUGGCAGGUCCUUCACACUGGUGGACAAAGAGAAGUUUGACAUUGGUGCACCAGCUUCGGGCGGAGGAACGUCCGGAAACUUCACCAGCGAAUCCGGAUUCCUUUCCUACUACGAGGUUUGUGGCUUCCUGAACGAAGACAAUACCACUCUAGUUUGGGACAGCGAGCAGCAAGUACCUUUCGCGUACAGAGAAGACCAAUGGGUCGGAUUCGACGACGAAAGAAGCCUCAUAAAUAAGAUGCAAUGGCUGAAGGAAGAAGGUUUCGGAGGUAUAAUGAUAUGGUCGGUGGACAUGGACGACUUUAAAGGAAUCUGUGGCGGCGGAAAGUAUCCGCUGAUCAAAGCUAUGAAGAAAGAAUUGCAAGACUACAAAGUGAAACUGGAAUACGACGGUCCUUACGAGAGCAACUCGAGAAACGGAAGGUACACCACCAAAGAUCCAAACGAAGUGUCGUGCGACGAGGAGGAUAACCAUAUAUCUUAUCAUCCCGAUAAAAACGACUGCACUAUGUAUUAUAUGUGCGAGGGCGAGAGGAAGCAUCACAUGCCCUGCCCGGUCAAUUUGGUUUUCAAUCCCAACGAGAACGUCUGUGAUUGGCCCGAGAACGUCGAAGGUUGUUUGCAGCACACGCAAGCACCGCCAGUGUAAAUCGAAAACAAAAGAAAAAGGGACACAAAUUAUAAUAUUUGCGAAAUUGCAAGCGACGUAGGAACAUUAAGGAAUACUCACGACCAGUCCGAUCGAUUGGUCGCUGACAAAAUUUACUACUCCCGACUUAAUACUUCCUUUCUGUAA